GGGGCGAGUUUGAGACGGCUUUCAUUGGGAUGUUGGAGAGCCACGCGAUUCACUCCAAGGUGGCUGGCUCUCAUUCACCGUGGCAGAAUGGCUAUGCCGAGCGACAUGGUGCCCUACUUGGAACCGCCUGGGCAGCUAUUAUUGCUGAGUAUCAGUCUUGUGGCCGCACCGAGAUGAAGACUGCCCUUGCAUGUGCGGUCCAGGGCAAGAACUCUGUUGUUUCUCGGUCUGGGCACUCGGCGCAGCUACUGGCUUUUGGGCGGCAAGCCUGUUUCCCGGACCUCUUGGAGGAGGACAUAUGGUCGUCUGCGAGUCUUGGCCAUGCUCUCUCCAUCGAUUCCGAGGUCGCGCGCAUGUCGGAGAUGCGUGCCGCGGCGAAGGUGGCAUUGCUUAGGGGCGACAUUCGCGACAAGAUCAAGCGAGCCCUUCGAAGAGCCCCUGCCGGAGAGCGCCGUGCCUUUGUUCCGGGUGAGCUGGUCUACUUUUGGGCCCCGAAGAUGAACAAGGGACGGUACCGCCGCGACGUUGGAUGCUGGCGAGGGCCGGGAGUUGUGAUCAUGCCGGACGGGCAUGAGCGGUACUUCGUGUCCUGGCGUGGCCGUUGCUUGCUCCUCUCGACCGCCAACUUGAAAGGAGCCGGCUACGACACCCCUGCUGACCAGGACCUGCGGCGAAAGGAGGUGGAGGCUGAACUGGAGAAGGGCUUCUUGGACAUGACGGACGAGCCGGAGCCUCCCGAUGACCAGGAAGCCACUGUGGUACCACAAGCUCCAGGCCUUCAGCCCCGGCGUGUUCCUAAUGGUCUGGGUCGCAAGAUGACCGAGGCAAGGCGGAUGAUGCAAGGCUUGAAGUCCGUGAAGAAGACCCUCGGCAUCCCCUUUGACAAGGACGUGUGGGACCAAGCUCCAGUAGCUCAGGGUGAGGGUCGUGACAGUCGUGUUGAGUCCUACGACUACCUAGACGACGUGCCGUUCAGCCUGAAGCGCAAGCUUGCCGAGGCGCAGCAAGAGCAGCUACAGUCUCAGCCCGGGGUGUCUACGAAGCGUUUGCGCACCGGAGACGUGGCCAACUUCAUCAUGGUCACGCUUGCAGAGCCCGAGCUGAAGAAGCUUAAGAACCCAGAGGUGAGCCACGACGACGCACUUGCUAACGAGUGGCUUCCCCGGGGUCAGGUGCGAAAGCUGGCGGAGCUAUUGGAUAUGCCCCUGACAGCGGCCCGUUUUCACAGAGCUCCUCGGAAAAGGCUUCAGAACCCUGGUCCUCGUUGGCGCCGCCACCGCGUCACGGUGAUGCUCGGCGAGGACCCCAAGCAGGUGAUGAUUGCUGAGGAGGAUCCU